AGAGCCGAGUGCAGGGUCGCGAUCCCGGACAAUCAAUCGCGGGGGCAGAGCCAACCCUCGCUGCGCCCCACACCCAGGGAGCCACGAGACCCCGCCCUUGGAAGGCCACCCCAAAAGGCACCAUGCCCCAGAACGUGAUCCUCCCGGGCCCUGCGCCCUGGGGCUUCAGACUCUCGGGGGGCGUAGACUUCAACCAGCCUUUGGUCAUCACCAGGAUCACUCCAGGAAGCAAGGCAGCAGCUGCCAACCUGUGUCCUGGAGAUGUCAUCCUGGCUAUUGAUGGCUUUGGUACAGAGUCCAUGACUCAUGCUGAUGCACAGGACAGAAUUAAAGCAGCAUCACACCAGCUGUGUCUCAAAAUUGACAGGGCAGAAACUAGAUUAUGGUCUCCACAGGUAUCGGAAGAUGGGAAAGCUCAUCCUUUCAAAAUCAACUUAGAAGCAGAACCACAGGAUGUGAACUACUUUGAACACAAGCACAAUAUUCGGCCCAAACCUUUCAUAAUCCCAGGCCGAAGCAGUGGAUGCAGUACUCCCUCCGGUAUUGACUGUGGCAGUGGACGUAGCACCCCUUCUUCUGUCAGUACUCUUAGUACGAUUUGCCCAGGUGACUUGAAAGUUGCUGCUAAGAUGGCCCCUAACAUUCCCCUGGAAAUGGAACUUCCUGGGGUGAAGAUUGUACAUGCUCAGUUUAAUACACCUAUGCAGUUGUACUCAGAUGACAAUAUUAUGGAAACACUUCAGGGUCAGGUUUCAACAGCUCUAGGGGAAACACCCUCAAUGAGUGAACCCACAGCCUCCGUGCCCCCCCAGUCGGAUGUGUACCGAAUGCUCCAUGACAAUCGUGAUGAACCUACUCAGCCUCGCCAGUCUGGCUCCUUCAGAGUACUCCAGGAAUUAGUGAACGAUGGCCCUGAUGACCGUCCUGCUGGAACUCGAAGUGUGAGGGCUCCAGUUACUAAAGUUCACAGUGGUGCUGGUGGCGCCCAGAGGAUGCCACUCUGUGACAAGUGUGGGAGUGGCAUUGUUGGUGCGGUGGUGAAGGCGCGGGAUAAGUACCGGCACCCUGAGUGCUUCGUGUGCGCCGACUGCAACCUCAACCUCAAACAAAAGGGCUACUUCUUCGUGGAGGGGGAGCUGUACUGUGAAACCCACGCGAGAGCCCGCACGAGGCCCCCAGAGGGCUACGACACAGUCACUCUGUACCCCAAAGCUUAAGUCCUUUGCAGGUCCGGCCCUCACGCACGCAUGCACCCACGCACAUUUCCAACCCAUCAGAUGAAUGGUGCAGGAGGAGUGCACCCUGUUGCCUCCAAAUCUUAAAGCCAAGGCUUUUAGACAUUUGUCUUAUUUGUAUGGAGGGAAGGAAUGGGGAGAAAUGCCUGCCCUAUGUCAAAAACAUACAUUUACCUAUGUUUUGCAACUCUUCUUAUCUUUGGGGAUAGCAAUAACGGCAUUUAAAGCAAUAAUGGUUUUGUAUGCCAUGUUCCACAAUUUACAUAUGUAGUAUGGCCAUCCAAUGUGUAAACAUCAAGACAUUUGGGGGAGUUUAGUUGUUUUUCCUUGACAAGUUGAUUUUGGCAAUUGUAGUGAAUACCAAAUAACAAUCUUGUAUUCUAACAUAACCUUCAGUUGUCUGUGUCUGUUUUAACUAUCAUAGUGCAUGUCAGGGAGAAAUUCCCAGGAUUUCUCUAGUUUCAUAUGCAAACAUCUAUACCACUAAUGCAACAAACAUAAUCAAUACAUUAAACAUUU